CGACCCCCGACCUGGUCUCCUCCUACCGCCUUGGAAACCCUCUCACGGCGGCGGGAGGCGGGGAGGUCGGUGCAAGCCCUCCCUCCCGCCGCGAGAACACCCCUUCUCCAGCCCUAAACCCCAGGACGAUGGCUCAGGAGGAGGGCGAGAGGCUGUCCAAGGUUUGCGCGCGUGUCCGGGCCGCGCACCGCCUCACUGACCUGACCGACAAGCUGCACUUCUAUGACCUCUGGGCUUCGAACUAUGACCAGGAUGUGGCCACCCUGCAGUACCGUGCCCCCCACCUUGCAGUGGACUGUCUCACCCAAGCCCUUCCAGGCCCACCCCACACUGCCUUGAUCCUGGACGUGGCGUGUGGCACCGGCCUGGUGGCCGUCGAGCUGCAGGCUCGGGGCUUCCUCCAGCUGCAUGGGGUAGACGGGAGCCCAGGGAUGCUGGAACGGGCCCGGGCCCGCGGCCUCUACCAGCGCCUCAGCCUCUGCAGCCUGGGCCAGGAGCCUCUGCCCAGCCCGGAAGGGACCUAUGACGCAGUGCUGAUAGUGGGUGCCCUCAGUGAUGGCCAGGUGCCCUGCAGUGCCAUUCCUGAGCUCCUGCGAGUUACCAAGCCAGGUGGGCUGGUGUGUCUGACCACGAGGGCCAACUCAUCCAACCUUCAAUACAAGGAGGCAAUGGAGGCUACUCUGGACAGGCUGGAACAGGCCAGGGAGUGGGAACGCCUGGUGGCCUGGCCGUGGACCGGUGGGAACUGGCUACCUCCAAGCUGGAGGAGGUGCCUGGCACUUCUGACAGUGAUGGCUACAUCCCUGGUAUUGUCUACUUAUACCGAAAGCAGGAGGCGACCCUGGUGAAGGAGUGAAGACCAGAGUUCAGCCCCUAACUGGCCUCUGACCCUCCAUGUGACCGCAGUCAGGCCCGUUGUUGGGCCUUUAUCUGUAAAACAGGGCCACUGCGCCAGCCCAGCUCCUCAGGAGAGCUCUUCCUGUUAAAUGAGCCCCAGAAGGGGUGACAGG